UUCCUUUGUCUAUGCAUGUCAAAACAUCAAACCAGUAAUUAUUUAUCCUGUUUUUCCAAAUACAAAUCCAUAUUUCUCACCCAAUGUUGUUCUCCAACAAAAAGGAAAACAUGUGCCAGUACCCUGAAUUAUAACUAUGUGAGCAUUUGAAUAACAAUACUUUGUUUGUCAAGAGGUAGUAUAAAAAGCUCUGAAAACAUGUGGAAUCUCUCCAACGGAGACCAUGGGCAAGAUUACAUUUUACGAGGACAGGAACUUCCAAGGUCGUAGUUAUGAGUGCAGCAAUGACUGCACAGACCUGCACUCCUACUUCAGCCGCUGUAACUCCAUCAGGGUGGAUAGUGGCUGUUUUAUGAUCUAUGAGCGCCCCAACUACAUGGGUCACCAGUAUUACAUGAGGAGGGGAGAGUAUGCUGAUUACCAGCGUUGGAUGGGCUUCAGCAGCUGUAUCCGAUCAUGUCGUAUGAUUCCAAUGUACCGGGGUUCAUAUAGGAUGCGAAUCUACGAGAAGGCCGAUUUCAGUGGUCACAUGAUGGAAUUCAUGGACGACUGUCCCUGUGUGUCUGAUCGUUUCCACCACCGCCACAUCUACUCCUGUAAUAUCAUGAAUGGCUUCUGGAUCUUCUACGAGUAUCCCAACUACCGGGGUCGACAGUACUUCCUGAGACCCGGAGAGUACAGGAGAUACCGUGAAUGGUGCGCCACCUGCGCCAUUGUAGGCUCUUUCAGACGGGUCACUGACUUUUAGCCAUCCUGCUCAAGCAAUUGCUGUAAAUACAUGCUUAGUUAUUAAAAUGGUUGAAUUUUUAA